UCAAAAAAUCAUGAAAAAGUUUUCCCUGAUCGUGGCCGUUUGCUCGAACGGUGGAAUCGGUAUCAAGGGUGAUCUGCCCUGGCGGUUGAAAUCCGAGCUGCGGCACUUUGCCCGAAUGACCAAACGGGUCGCAGACCCCGGCAAGCGCAACGCCAUCAUCAUGGGCCGCAAGACGUACUUUGGCAUCCCGGAAGCCAGACGUCCCUUGCCGGACCGUCUGAACGUUGUGCUAACGCGUGACCCCGCCUCCAACACCUAUCCGGAAGGGGUUCUAGUUUGCACCAGCUUGGAGGACGCUCUGGCGAAAAUCCAGGACCAGGUGGAAAACAUCUGGAUUAUUGGAGGAAGCGCGGUCUACAAGGAGGCCAUGGAGUCGCGGCACUGCCAUCGGAUUUACUUGACCGAGAUAUUGGCCCCGUUCGAGUGUGAUGCGUUCUUUCCGGAGAUUGGGAAGGAGUUCCGGCAGGUGGGGAACGAUGCCGAUGUGGCGGAGGAGGUGCAGGAGGAGAAUGGGGUGCGGUUUCAGUAUAAGAUUUACGAAAAGAAGGCCAUUGAUUUAUAAGAAGUUGCCAAAGAAU